CGCGCGGGUUAAGUAGUGUCGCGAAGUGCCGCACGCUGAUACGCGCAAUUGACAGACUUCAACAGCAAUAUCAUAUCAAUCUUCAUCGAGCGAUUCCAUGAUCGCACCCACGAGAAGCGCCGAUCUGCGAGAACGCUCAUUCUUCUUCAACGACAAGGCGCGGCGAGUGUUUAAGAAAAUGCCGAUCCUCUCGGAGCUGUCGCGCCGAUUUCACAUGUUAACGACAGACGCGAAGCCGGAUCCACCGCGCACCGGCAUCCCUGGUUACACGCACAACCUGCCGCCGACGGAGGACACGACGAAGAAACCGCGAUCGAGAUCGACACCCACCACGCCGGAGGAAUUGCACGCACACAGAACCGACAAGGUUGACGCCGACACCGACGUCGACGUCGACGACGACGGUGUCGACGUGACAGCGUCGGUACGACGGCAAAAAUCGGUGCCGAACGACGCGACGCCCACGAGAGAUUUCGCCGCGAAAGCGGAAGACCUCGGCCACACGGACGAGCCAACGAACGAGUCGAAACAGUACAAACGACCAAGGACGCGGACGAGAGUGAAACACGCUAAAUAUUCGCAAGGCAUGAACGUAGUGAAUUACAACAUCGUCAAUUCGAACGGGGUGAAGAUCGGCUCGCGGACGAGCUACAUAUGCAACGUGAAUUAUGCGACAAACAAUAACGCGACAGCACAACCCGAAGCUUCCUGGUCGAAGCCGAAGCACCGGUCGAUGCCGCAAAACGUGGAGGAGUUGAGCGCGUGCGACGAAGAGCUCACGUUCGACGACAUGAUCACCGUCAAGACACACGUCGGCCACGGCUGGAGGGACGUCGCGAGGAGGCUGUCGUACUCGGACGGCCAGAUCGAACAGUUCGAGGAGAAUUUCAGGCACAAAGGCGUCGACGAGGUGAUAUAUCAGUUGUUGCUCGAUUGGAAACAAGCGAACACGCGAGACGCCCGGCUGGGAACACUAGUCAGUGCAUUGUGGUCUUGUCAAGAGUACGACUGCGUCGAGCGGCUAGCCGCGGCUCGCAAGACUCCCUCUUAGUUGCGACUUGGAAAUUCUACUCUGCGUCGCCUAUCUGAUGAACGCUUGUACAUACGUGCGCGAUUGUUCGCGAUUUAUUUUUUUUUUCUACUCGAAGUAGCAUUCCAAUUACAUUUUUAUAUAAAUCGUAUAUACUCCGGCGCGCACACGGCUCAUACGCACGUAUGAACGUCUGCCACAAGUACAUAUCGCGCGAAGAUCGUUUUUAUAUUCGUCGUUUAUCGUUCCGAAGCGAUCGAAGAAGUUUACCGUGUGGACACGCGCAUUCGACCUUCGUCGUCCGUUUUGGGAUUGUACAGAAUUACAAUGAGGAAUUCCCGGCGGUUCGGACGGGAACAUGAUCUGAUUAAUAAUAUUCGGACAUAAUACGGUGCCCACGCAUACGUAAUAACUAUUAUUUAUAUGCACAUACAUACGCAUGUUUUGUUACUUAUCCAUAUAACCUAUGCUGUAAAGUCUAGAAUAAAGUAUAUUGAAUAAUAUAUAUUGCGAUUCUCGGAAAAUUAGAUAAUUUAUUUAUUUCAGGGUGAUAUAAGACGAGCUUAUGUAUCCUGACAUAUAAACAUACAUUCGCAUUCAAUAUUGUUCAAAAUUCAAACGAUUAAAUACAUUU